AUGGCUACACGGCUACCGGGCUUCACCCCGCUCUCGCCUCUGGGUCUUCACCUGCUUCUCCUCCUUGGCUCUUUGUUCGCCCUCGCCCCGCGGACGGUCAAUGCAGCGGGACCUUCCGAACUGGGCAGCUCGGCCCCCUGCCAUCGGGAUGCCAGUAAAUCCAGCGAGCGGUGUGAGCGAGAAUGGGAGCUGCCGGGGGGCAGCGGGACGCCGCCGAAGGCAGGAGAACGAGGAGCAGCGGCUGGGGCCCCGAGGGCACCAAAAAAGGCAAGGGAAGGAGCCAGGACGUUUUGGAGGAGCGGGGACGACCCCCCGAUAUUACGUCCUCCUCAUCCGCUGCCUGAUAUGACACGCGCUGGAUACGGGGCGGAGAAGGGCGUUGUUCCGUCUUUCAGCUACACGCCGGUUCAGAGUGGUAAAAAACGGACAGUACAAAGGACUACCGGAGCGUGCGCGCUGCCACGGCCACACCUAACUCAACGUGGCGCAGCAAGAGCCUUUGUGCGAGCGUUUGGCCUGCGCGACGUACCCGGAAGUGGGAGAAGGUGCGGCGGAGGCGUGUGGAAGAGUGCUCGUGAGGUGACGAGACUCGGACCGCGUCACAAAACAUCACCCGACCUCCUGCCUCUCUUUGGAUACAAUUCAACGGCUCAUAAUGAGGAGAAAGCUGCAGCUUCAAUCGGGAGACUGAGCACUGAGGUCCGUGUAGAGAAGAGGGAGGCUUCUAGAGGUUUCUUUGGCUAUUUAAAGAGCCGAGGAACAAGUGAGCAAGUGUCGUUAGAUGAUGUCAGACCAUCAGAAAGUGGACAGAUGGGGGUUGAGGGAGAGAAGAGGAGGGAGGACGAGAGGGACUGGCUGGAGGGCUCUGCAAGGGGAGGAAAAUUACAGGUGGGGGAGGGCAAGUUAAUAGGGGGGAGAGGACCGUGGGGAAAAGAGGAGGAUGAGAGGCAGAGCAAUUCGAGGACAACAAAGCCAGGCCAAGCUGAGAAGAGAGAUGCAGAGAGAGGGAAGGGUCAGGAUAGGAGCAGUAGCACUGCCACCACCAUACAUCCAGAUAUGAAAAGAUGGAAGAGCGAGAGCCAGAUUGAUGAAAGCAACGAAGGUGAGAGGAAGCCAGAGGGGGAAGCCGAAGAGAAGCACAGCUCAAGGGGAGAGAGGAGCCUGGAAAGUCUGAUAAUAGAGGCAGAUGAUAAAACCUCACAGGAAGAAAAGGCGGGCAAGGUUUUGAUGCCUUGGCCUCGCUCUCGACGGGCAGCCAACAGACAUCCUCAUUUCGCCCUGUAUAACUACCAAGUACAAGUAGCUGAGAACCAGCCACCUGGGACAUCUGUUAUUGUGAUGACUGCCACAGACCCUGAUGCAGGGGAUGCCGGCAGGGUGAGCUAUAGCAUGGCUCCACUGAUGAAUAGCCGGUCAUCUGACUAUUUCCACAUCCACCCCGAUACUGGCCUGAUCACUUCUACUCAGAUUUUAGAUCGAGAACACAUGGAUCUUCAUUAUUUUCGAAUCACGGGAACUGAUCAUGGGUCCCCUCGCCUCUCCGGCACCACAAUGGUUGCCAUUACUGUUGCAGAUCGCAAUGAUCACUCUCCUAUUUUUGAGCAGACAGAGUACAGGGAGACCAUCAGGGAGAAUGUAGAGGAAGGGUACCCCAUCCUUCAACUAAGAGCGACAGAUUUAGAUUCCCCAUCCAAUGCCAAUAUUCGUUACCGUUUUGUUGGCGACACUGCCACGAUUGGGAGAGCUGCUUUUGAGAUAGACCCACGUUCAGGGCUUAUAACAACCCGUGGAGUUGUUGACCGAGAAAUAAACGAGCACUACACGCUUCAAGUGGAGGCGAGUGACCAGGGCAAAGAACCGGGUGCACGUUCAGCCACAGUUAAAGUUUUCAUCACAGUAUUGGAUGAAAACGACAACGUACCACAGUUCAGUGAGAAACGUUAUGUGGUGGCGGUGAAGGAGGACGUCAGACCUCACUCGGAAAUCCUCCGAGUGAGUGCAACAGACCAUGACAAGGACAGUAACGCUGCAGUUCACUAUAACAUUAUCAGCGGGAACAGCCGUGGCCAGUUUUCCAUUGACAGCGUUACAGGGGAGAUUCAGGUCGUGGCACCGCUGGAUUAUGAGGCCGAACGGGAGUACACUCUUCGUGUCCGUGCGCAGGACAACGGCCGCCCACCACUCUCCAACAACACUGGCAUUGUUAGUGUGCAAGUGACUGACGUCAACGACAACCCGCCCAUCUUUGUGUCCACACCAUUCCAAGCUUCUGUACUUGAGAGUGCACCCGUCGGAAGUUCUAUCCUCCACAUACAGGCAAUUGAUACCGAUGCUGGUGACAAUGCACGUCUGGAAUACAGAUUAACGGGCACAAGUUCAGACACACCGUUCAUCAUCAAUUCUGCUACGGGCUGGGUCACCGUCAAAUCCAUUCUUGACAGAGAAUCUGUUGAACACUAUUUCUUUGGUGUGGAGGCUCGGGAUUAUGGCAUGCCGCCUCUUUCUGCCACAGCGAGUGUUACGAUAACAGUUAUGGAUGUGAACGAUAACCGGCCAGAGUUCAUACAAAAAGAAUAUUAUGCCCGCCUAAAUGAGGACGCUGUCGUUGGAACUAGUGUAGUAACUGUCACCGCUGUGGAUCGGGAUGUCAACAGUGCUGUGACUUAUCAGAUAACAGGAGGCAAUACCAGGAACCGCUUUGCUAUCAGCACAGCAGGGGGUGCCGGCCUGUUGUCCUUAGCCCUCCCACUGGACUACAAACAAGAGCGGCGCUAUGUUUUAACUGUCACUGCCUCAGACCGCACACUCCAUGACACCUGUCAGGUGCACAUCAACAUCACUGAUGCAAACACUCACAGGCCUGUUUUCCAGAGUGCACACUACUCUGUCAGUGUAAAUGAGGACCGGCCAACUGGGAGCACUGUGGUUGUCAUCAGUGCAACAGAUGAUGACGUUGGUGAAAAUGCCCGUAUCACAUACUUUCUGGAGGACAAUAUCCCUCAGUUUCGUAUUGACCCUGCAUCAGGGGCUAUCACGCUGCAGACAGAGCUCGAUUAUGAGGAUCAGAUGACCUACACUUUGGCCAUAACAGCCAAAGACAAUGGAAUACCACAAAAAUCAGACACUACGUACGUGGAGGUGAAUGUCAAUGAUGUGAACGACAAUGCUCCCCAGUUUCUCAGCCCCAGGUACCAGGGAACUGUGAGCGAAGACGCACCUCCCUUCACCAGUGUCCUCCAAAUCUCAGCCACUGAUCGGGACGCACACGCGAACGGUCGUGUCCAGUACACCUUUCAAAACGGCGAGGACGGAGAUGGAGAUUUUACCAUUGAGCCAACAUCUGGUAUAGUCCGAACCGUUCGGCGGUUAGAUCGUGAGAGUGUGCCAUUUUACGAACUCACAGCAUACGCAGUUGAUCGAGGCGUACCACCUCAGCGAUCGCCUGUCCACAUCCAAGUGACGAUUCUUGACGUUAAUGACAAUGCCCCUGUCUUCCCUGCUGAUGACUUUGAGGUUUUGGUGAGGGAAAACAGUGCAGUGGGCUCUGUGGUCGCCCAGAUCACUGCCACAGACCCAGACGAGGGUUCAAAUGCCCAAAUUAUGUACCAAAUUGUAGAGGGCAAUAUCCCUGAGAUCUUCCAGAUGGACAUCUUCUCAGGGGAGCUGACAUCACUUAUUGAUCUUGACUAUGAGGCUCGCAACGAAUACGUCAUUGUAGUCCAGGCCACCUCGGCCCCUCUCGUCAGCCGGGCUACAGUACGGAUCAAAUUGGUUGACCAAAAUGACAAUAAACCCACUUUGCAGGAUUUCCAAAUUAUUUUCAACAACUUUGUAUCAAACCGUUCGAACAGUUUCCCCAAUGGAGUAAUUGGCAGAGUCCCCGCCAACGAUCCUGAUGUUUCAGACCGGUUGUACUACACAAUUGACAGGGGCAACGAGCUACACCUGCUGCUGCUCAAUCACUCCAGCGGGGAGAUCCGACUAAGCCGUAAACUGGAUAAUAACAGGCCGCUGGUGGCUCCCAUGCUGAUCACUGUCACAGACGGUGUGCACAGUAUUUCUGCUCACUGCGUCCUUCGUGUCCUCAUCAUCACCGAGGACAUGCUGGGCAGCAGCGUCACAGUCCGCCUGCAGAACAUGUCCCAGGAGCACUUCCUAUCACCACUGCUAAAUCACUUCCUGGAGGGUGUGUCGGCAGUGCUGUCUGUGCCCGUCGAAGAUGUUUUUGUCUUCAACAUCCAGCCGGACAAGGAUGCGGAAUCAGGCGGUAUCCUGAAUGUGAGCUUCUCAGCAGCGCUACCCGGAGGGCACUUCUUUCCCUCCGAAGCCCUGGAGGAACAACUGUACCUGAACCGGCCACGGCUGACCUCGUUGACACAGAUGGAGGUUCUUCCAUUUGACGACAACGUGUGUCUACGCGAACCGUGUCAGAACUACAUGAAGUGCAUCUCCGUGCUACGCUUCAAUAGCUCCGCCCCCUUCAUCUCCUCACCCUCCAUCCUGUUCCGGCCAAUUCACCCCAUUGCCGGCCUGCGCUGCCGCUGCCCAGUGGGCUUCACCGGUGACUACUGCGAGACCGAGAUCAACCUUUGCUACUCUAACCCCUGCCUAAACGGAGGGGUGUGCGCCCGCAAGGAGGGAGGAUAUACGUGCAUCUGUCGGGAGGACUACACUGGUGACCGGUGUGAGUUUGACCGACGACACGGUGGAUGCGUGCCGGGAGUUUGUCGAAAUGGAGGAACCUGUCGGGAGCUUUCGGGUGGUGGUUUCCGCUGCGAGUGUCCGGCCGGAGGGUACGAAAGACCGUACUGCACUGUCACUGCCCGCUCCUUUCCCCCAAAGACCUUUGCCAUGUUUCGGGGCCUCAGGCAGCGGUUUCACCUCUCCAUCUCUUUAACUUUUGCAACACUUGAGAGCAACGGUCUUCUAUUCUACAAUGGGCGGUUUAACGAGAAGCACGACUUUAUUGCUUUGGAGAUUCAAGAAGGACAGGUGGUUCUCAAGUAUUCCACAGGUGAAUCAUCUACCCUAGUAAGUCCUUUUCUUCCUGGAGGUGUGAGUGAUGGGGAAUGGCACACAGUUCACAUCCACUAUUACAACAAGCCAGCUAUACGCUAUCCCAAGCGCAGCAUGAGCGGGGAGGCCCAGGGUCCCUCAGAUGAGAAGAUUGCAGUCGUGAGCAUUGACGACUGCGAUACAGCCUUAUCACUCCGCUUUGGCACACAGCUUGGAAAUUACAGCUGUGCUGCUCAGGGCAAACAGACCAGCAGCAAGAAGUCUCUUGACCUAACUGGCCCAUUGUUCCUGGGUGGGGUUCCCAACGUUCCGGACAACUUCCCAUUUGGCACCAGAGAGUUUAUCGGGUGCAUGAAGGAGCUGCACAUUGACAACAAGCCGCUGGACCUUGCUGGGUUUAUUGCUAACAAUGGAACACAGCCAGGCUGCAGUGCCAAACUUCCUUUCUGCAAGUCCAACCCCUGUCAGAAUGGAGGAACCUGCAGGGUCAGCUGGGAGACAUUCUCCUGUGACUGUCCUCUUGGGUAUGGAGGGAAGGACUGCAGCCAUGUGAUGCCACACCCCCAUCGCUUCCUGGGAAACAGUGCCCUCUGGUGGGACUUAAAGAAUGACGUGACCAUCUCCACGCCCUGGUACCUGGGCUUGGUGUUCCGAACCAGAGCCCGAGAGGGGACGCUUCUUCAAGCCCAGGCUGGCCAGUACACCAGCCUGCUGUUCCAGGUGACAAAUGGUCAGCUUGUGUUCUCUGUGACUCGAGGUUCUACGCGACCCGUGAGGUUGAGGCUGGAUCAAGUUCAAGUGGCAGACGGACGGUGGCAUGACCUUCAGUUGGAGCUGCGAGACGUUCAUAGUGGCCGCGAAACCCGUUAUGUUGCCACACUUCGACUUGACUUUGGACUAUACCAAGGAACAGCAAUAGUUGGUAAUGAGAUUCAUGGACUGAAGGUGAAACAUCUGCAUGUGGGAGGAGUAUUGGGCUCUGGUGAGGUCCAGAACGGGAUCAGAGGGUGCAUACAGGGUGUUCGCCUUGGUGUGAGACCGGAUGGCCCUCCACUGCCGCGCCCCUCCAGAACUGUCAAAGUGGAGAUCGGUUGCAAUGUCGGGAACCCGUGUGUCUCAUCUCCAUGUCCAGGCCACAGCCGCUGUUUGGAUCAAUGGGAGCGCCACACCUGCAUAUGUGAAGCUGGUUACUAUGGGAAAGGCUGCACUGAUGCUUGCCAUCUGAAUCCUUGUGAAAAUGAAGCCCAGUGCCACAGGAAGCCCAGCACAUCCAAUGGUUAUAUCUGUGACUGUGGAGACAACCACUAUGGACAGUACUGUCAAAAUAGGAUUGACCAUCAGUGUCCAAGAGGUUGGUGGGGCUCUCCCACCUGUGGACCAUGUCAUUGUGAUGCCAAUAAAGGCUUCGACCCCGACUGCAACAAGACAAGUGGACUAUGUCAAUGCAAGGAGUUUCACUACCGUCCAUGGGGCUCGGACAGCUGCCUGCCAUGCGACUGCUACCCUGUCGGCUCUUUUUCGCGGACAUGUGACUCCGAGACUGGCCAGUGCCCAUGCCGGCCCGGGGUGAUUGGUCGCCAGUGCAACACGUGCGACAACCCAUUUGCUGAGGUCACAAACUCAGGGUGUGAAGUCAUUUAUGAUGGCUGCCCCAAAACCAUCACUCAGGGGAUCUGGUGGCCGCGGACUAAGUUCAACCUUCCUGCUGCAGUGCCUUGCCCAAAAGGUUCUGUGGGGGCUGCCAUCCGACACUGUGAUGUUGAGAGAGGCUGGAUGGAACCAGACCUUUACAACUGCACUUCCCCGCCAUUCGUAGAUCUUAAUGCUGCUCUGGAUUCACUUGAACGCAAUGAGACAGAGCUGAACACAAUCAUGGAGAAGAAGCUCGCGCACCAGCUCCGUGAUGUCACCGAAGCGACCGGCCGCCUCUAUGGUAAUGAUUUGCUCAUUGCUGAGCGAUUGCUGUCACGCCUUCUCACCUUUGAGACCCUUCAGAGUGGCUUUGGACUCACCGCCACUCAGGACGCACACUUUAAUGAGAACAUCCUACGUGGCUGUAGUGUGCUGCUGGGUCCUGGAACGGAGGGGCUUUGGCGUGCCCUUGCCCAGGGUCAGAACCAUGUUCCCAGUGGUCCGGCUGAAUUGUCCGAGUUGCUGGGGCAGUACACGCAGAAUCUGGCCCAGAAUAUGAAGCUCACCUACCUCAACCCUGUAGCACUGGUGGCUCCCAAUAUUGUCAUGAAUCUAGAUCGAGUGGAGAACCAUACUCACGUACGGCGACGUUUCCCGCGUUACCAUACCACGCUGUUUCGUAGUCAGGCAGUUUGGGAUCCCUACACCCAUGUGAUAUUACCCCCUGCCGCCCUUGUGCCACAACGACAACAGCAACACAACUGGAAGGAAAAGGACCGCACAGAGAAAGAACACAUACUUCUUCCUAGCAUUGUUCAAGAACCAGUCAGUUUCUCGGCCAACCAGACAGGAGAGCACACUGCGGCCCGGCGAGCAAUUGCAGCACCUGAAACCCCUAUCACCAUUGUCAUUUUGCUCAUUUACCGCAGUUUGGGAGGAGCUCUCCCUCCCAAAUAUCACACGGACAGAAGAGGAGUGAGACUUCCCAGGCACCCGGUCAUGAACUCUCCAGUGGUUACCAUUUCUGUCUACAACAAUCAAACCUUUGUUGGUGGACAUUUGGACCAGCCCAUUCUACUUGAGUUUAAGCUACUGGAAACAGCCAAUCGUAGCAAGCCACUGUGUGUACAAUGGAACCACAGCAGCCAAUGUGAGAUUGGUGGCUGUUGGACAGUGAGGGACUGUAUAGUGGUUUACAGGAACACCUCACAUGUCCGCUGUCAGUGUCAAAGGCUGGGCACCUUCGGAGUGCUGAUGGACAGUUCGCAAAGAGAGCAGUUGGAGGGUGAUCUGGAGACCCUCGCCCUGAUCACAUAUUCCUCACUGGUGCUAUCCAUGCUGGCUCUGCUCCUUACUGUCCUGGUCCUGUCUUGCCUCCGAGGCCUCAAGUCCAACACCAGGAGCAUCCAUUCCAACACAGCGGCAGCCAUGUUUUUGUCUGCGCUUGUAUUUCUGUUGGGUGUGAAUCAGACUGAACAACAGUUCCUGUGCACGGUGGUGGCCAUUCUGUUGCAUUAUUUCUUCAUGUCCACCUUUGCCUGGAUGUUUGUGGAGGGCCUUCACAUCUACCGCAUGCAGACUGAGCAACGCAACAUCAACUUCGGUGCCAUGAGGUUCUACUACGCCAUCGGCUGGGGCGUGCCUGCCAUUAUUACUGGUCUGGCUGUAGGCCUAGAUCCAGAGGGUUAUGGAAACCCAGACUUCUGUUGGAUCUCCAUCUACGACAAGCUCAUCUGGAGCUUUGCCGGUCCAAUCGGCAUCGUCAUACUGAUGAAUGGAGGAAUUUUCAUGAUUGUAGCCAAGAUGUCUUGUAACACCUCUCAGAAGGAGACCAAGAAGCUUCCAGUCAUUGCAACCAUCCGCAAUGCCUUCCUGCUGUUGAUGGUGGCCACCUCCACUUGGCUGUGCGGUUUGAUGGCCGUGAAUAACAGCAUUCUGGCAUUCUACUAUAUAUUUGACGUCCUGUGCCUCGUCCAGGGUCUGUCAGUCUCCCUGGUCUUCACUGUGUUCAACUCUGAGGUGAAGGAGGCUUGGAGAGUUGCCUGUUUGGGUAAAAAGAUUCCUGGAGAGGAGCCGCCAAGACCAACACAGAAUUCUGCACAGAAUCCAUAUCACAAUGCUUCACUGCUGGAGCAGAGCGGGCUACAUCGCAUCACUCUGGGAGCAUCCACCAUUUCCUCUGUCAGCUCCGCCAGAGAGAAUCUUUUAGCUCGUCAGACUCUGGAACAAAGCAUUGUUCAAACUGGAGCAACGGACCUGGAUGUUGCCAUGUUCCACAGAGAUGGAGGUGAGGAUUCUGACUCCGAUUCUGACCUUUCUAUGGAGGAGGAGCGUAGUUUGUCCAUACCGUCAUCUGAAAGCGAGGACAACGUACGUCUACGCGGGCGCAUCCAACGGCGUUUCAAGCGCUCCAAUCACGGCGAGCGCCUGCUGACUGAGCCAACCAACAACGGCACCAAAGAUCUGGAUGGCAACGACCUCUUGUCUUACUGGCCAGCUCUGGAGGGAUGUGACAAACACACCCUUCAAAAGUGGGGCUCUGAGCGCCCACUAGGGGCUGAUUACAGCAAGGAUGCAGCAAAUAACAACCAAGCCGACGGAGCCCUCACGAGCGGCGACGAGAGUGGUCUCACACAGCCACACAGGCACCGCAAGGGUAUCCUGAAGAAUCGUCUUGGCUGUCCCCCCACCCUCCAGGGUCUUUCAACAGUGGGACGCGGGGCCAGUGAGCUAAAUUGGUACCGUACCUCGACCCUGGGACACCGAGGCGUUCCCGCAGCCUCCUAUGGCCGUAUGUAUUCGGCUUCAGCUGGUGCCGGAGGGGGUACUGGCUCCCUCUCUCAACCGGGUUCCCGCUACUCUUCGAGGGAGCACCUGGACUCUCUCGCCCGGAGGCAGCUGUCUCGGGAUCCUCUCGGGAGGCAAACCGUUGGGGGGUCGAGGGACCGGCUAGACUCUCGAGGAUCCAGGGACAAUCUGGACCUCUUACCAAGGAGGAGGGAACUGGGCCAGGGAGCAGGCAUGGCUGGGUUGGGACCAGAUCACCAACGGGUGUCGGCAUCCAGGGAGAACUUGAGCUCCUCCAGGGACAGACUGGACAACCAUCACUCGAGCACUAUCCACGCCUCGCGAGAGGACUUGAGGGGAAAUGGGGUUGCUUUGGGAGGUGACGCGGAGGGUACCCUGAGCGGCUCCAGAUCUCAGUUGAACAUGCAAAGCCGGCGUCAGACUUCAACAUCUCGGGAGCACCUGGCCGGGGGCCUGAUGAGCAGUAAGUCCAGGGAGCAGCUGGAGACCAAUGGGGUAGGAGCGCAGGCCCAACCAUGUCGGGAGUGGCUACGCUCCCUCCCGCCCCGCCAGCCUUCGCACCCCGACCAGCCGCCAUCGUCCCCACCUCCUCCCAUCUCAGAGGAGCCCCAGCAAGAGCCCUUCCCCUCAUCGGUUCACAAUAGAGGACGCCUGGACUCUGCAUGUAGGUACCCCGGCCAGACGGCCCCACCUGGCACAUGUUUGAACCCUCUGGGAAGACAACCUUCAAGUGAACAUCUGGAUAUUCUCUCCUCCAUCCUUACAUCCUUCAACUCCUCCGGCCCCACUCCACCCAAUGCUGCCUCUAACUCUGGGUCUAAUGGCCCCCACACCCUGUCGCAGUCUGCCACCUCCCACAGCGUAUCUGAAGUGUCCCCUGACUCGGAGGUCAACAGAAGCGAAGGACAGUCUUGA